AUGGGUUCUGCGGCUAAACACAAUUAUCUGCCAGCGGCCAAUCCGCAGCCGGCGUUCUGGGGACGAGAUGUGGAUGAAUUCCACAACCACCGUACUACGCCCGAAUUGCCACAGGAGACCGAUGUCUUGAUUAUUGGAGCGGGAUAUGCUGGAACCGCCACGGCGUGGCAUCUUGUCAAAGACAGAAAUCCUUCGAAAGCGAAGCAGACUGUCACCGUGCUAGAGGCGAGAGGAAUAUGCUCUGGCGCGACUGGACGAAAUGGCGGACAUCUACGACCUGAUCUCUACGGUCAUAUUCCAACCUAUAUCAAGCGAGCAGGACUCGAAGCCGCGGUCGAGCUUGCUGAGUUCGAGAUUGCACACGUUCCGGCGUUGAAGCAGUUCAUUGAGCAAGAAAAGAUCGAUUGCGAUUUUGUCUUGUCGCGGUGCAUUGAUGUCUGGUCGAACGAAGAGGCUGCGAAGAAUGCCCUGCAGACGUACGAGACGUUGAAAGGUCACAGCUUGGCCUAUAUGAACGAUGUCUUCUUCAAGUACGGCGCCGAUGCACCCGGAAUUUCCGGCGCAAAGGAUGCCAAGGCUACCGCGUCCUAUACUGCUGGCAUGAUGUGGCCUUACAAGUUCAUUCGACAUGUGCUCAAGUCGCUUGUUGCUUCAGGAGAUAUCAACUUGCAGACCCACUGUCCGGUGACGGAUAUCAAACCGGAAGGAGAUUCGUUCGUCGUGAAGACAGCAAGGGGCAGCAUCAAAGCUGGCAAGGUCAUCCACGCCAAUAACGCCUACGUCGGCGGUCUACUUCCCGAAUAUGCCAGCAGCAUUGUCCCCUGCAAAGGCAUCUGUUGUCGUAUAACAGUACCAGAAGGGAAAGUCGCACCAGCGAUGACAACCUCUUACAUCGAAAGGGAUGCGGACAAGACACUCUCCUACCUCAUCCCUCGCCCUGAUGGCAGCAUCGUCGUCGGUGGAGCCUCAUUCUUGUUCAAGCCGAAUAUUCACGAAUGGUACGACAACAUCGACGACGGGGUUCUGAUCGAAUCAGCCAAACAUUACUACGACGGCUACAUGCAGAGGACAUUCGCCGGCUGGGAGGACUCUGACGCCAAAGUCGACCAGAUCUGGACGGGUGUCAUGGGCUACUCGUACGACAGCAACUCGCACAUUGGAGCCGUACCAGAUCGACCGGGUCAUUAUGUCAUUGCUGGUUUCAAUGGCCAUGGUAUGCCUGUGAUUUGGUUGAGUGGCAAGGGGCUGGCGAAAAUGAUCAAUGAUGACGUGCCGUUUGAGAAGACGGGUGUGCCCCGACUGUUGAAGACGACGAAGGACCGGCUUGAACGUGCACAGAGUGGGAAGGAGGAGCAUGGAGAUAUUUUGGGUGAUGGCUCUGUGUUUCCUUUGGGUAGAUGA